UGUCAACAGACGGGGAGUGACACCACCGACCACACCAUGGUUUCCCAGCCUGGUAGGCUGGCCCUCCUCUGCUUUCUGCUGGGCCUGCGGGGGUCUCUGGCUGCAGUCUUCAUUACCCAGGAGGAAGCCCAAGGCAUCUUGCACAGGCAAAGGCGUGCCAACUCGUUCCUGGAGGAGCUGUGGCCGGGCUCUCUAGAGAGAGAGUGCAAGGAGGAGCUGUGCUCCUUUGAGGAGGCCAGGGAGAUCUUCAAGAACGAUGAGAGAGCGAAGCAGUUCUGGAUUUCUUACAAAGAUGAGAACCAAUGCGCCUCAAAUCCAUGCAAGAAUGGAGGCUCCUGUGAGGACAAUUUCCAGUCUUACAUCUGCCUCUGCCCUGACGAUUUUGAGGGCCGGAACUGUGAGACAAACAAAAACGACCAGCUGAUCUGUGAGAAUGAAAAUGGCGGCUGCCAGCAGUACUGCAGCAACCACGUGGAGACCAAGCGCUCCUGCUGGUGCCACAAGGGGUACACACUCCAGGCCGACGGGAUGUCCUGCGCACCCGCAGUUGAAUAUCCAUGCGGAAAAAUACCUGUUCUGGAAAAAAGAAAUGCCAGCCAACCCCAAGGCCGAAUUGUGGGUGGCAAUGUGUGCCCCAAAGGGGAGUGUCCCUGGCAGGCUGCGCUGAAGCUGAACGGUGGCCUGCUGCUGUGUGGGGGCACCCUGAUUGACACCACCUGGGUGGUCUCUGCAGCCCACUGUUUUGACAAAAUCACGAGCUGGAAGAACCUGACGGUGGUAGUGGGCGAGCACGACCUGAGUGAGGAGGACGGAGAUGAGCAGGAGCGGCAAGUCGCUCAGGUCAUCAUGCCCAACAAGUACGUCAGAGGCAAGACGAACCACGACAUCGCCCUGCUCCGCCUGAGCAGGCCCGUGGCCUUCACAGACUACGUGGUACCUCUCUGUCUGCCCGAGAAGACCUUCUCUGAGAGGACACUGGCCUUCAUCCGCUUCUCGUCCGUCAGCGGCUGGGGCCAGCUCCUCGACAGGGGCGCCACAGCCCUUGAGCUCAUGACCAUCGAUGUGCCUCGGCUGAUGACCCAGGACUGCCUGGAGCAGUCAAAAUGGAAGCAAGACUCCCCAAAGGUCACAGAGAACAUGUUCUGUGCUGGCUAUCUGGAUGGGAGCAAGGACGCCUGCAAGGGGGACAGCGGGGGCCCACAUGCCACCAAGUUCCAGAGCACAUGGUACCUGACGGGCAUCGUCAGCUGGGGUGUGGGCUGUGCCGCCAAAGGCCACAUCGGGGUGUACACCAGGGUCUCCCAGUACACCGAGUGGCUCCACAAGCUUAUGAGCUCGAAAGCACCCUCAGAAGGCCUCCUCCGAGCCCCAUUCCCCUAGCACUGCUGUGUCAGCUCCAUGGACCUUCCUCUUGCAAAAUAAAGCUGCUGCUGUUUGGGCGGUCCUGGCAUCAAA